GAUUACUUCCAAGCUGUUUCAAACCCACCGUCACCCAGCCUGUAUUAUCAACUCAAUCAGCCUGUGCGCUUCUCCCUCGCUGUCCCUCAGCACCAUACCCACCACGUAAUAGCGAAUAUGCAAAAGCUUGUGUGCUCGGCGCGGGGGACACGGUCCCUGGCGACGACGACGUGCCGGCUACCAAGAGUUGCGGCCGCGCCCAAGAGUGUGGUAGCCGGCUGCCGUUACCGGAAGUGUGUGGUGGUGCGGUGCCAGCAGGUGAAGACCAAGACUCUUCACCUGAUGCGCCACGGCACAACCGAAAUGAACGAGUACCUCAGUAUGUAUCGCUACGAUGCGGAAAACUUUUCGGACCCCAUGCUGUACGACACAGUGCUGUCGCCACGGGGACGGGCGGGCGCACAGGCGGCUGCCAAGACGGCAGCACGCCUUCAACCGGAGCCCGAGCUGCUGGUGGUGUCGCCCCUAACACGGGCGCUGCAGACGGCGCAACUGGCCUUCCUGCCUCACUACCAGGGGCCGAUCCUGGUGGAGCCGCUGGCGAGGGAGCGGGUGUGGCACGCGUCGGACAUAGGCAGUGGCCGCGACAAGCUGCAGGCCACCUUCCCGGAGGGGCGAUACGACUUCUCUGACCUGCCCGACGUGUGGUGGUACACCGUGGACCCAAGCAACCCCCGGGCAGUGGGUCUGGAACCGGAAGAUGUGUUCAAGGAGCGCGUGAUGCAGUUCAAGCGGUGGCUGGGCAGCCGACCAGAGGAGACCAUCGCUGUCGUGGCGCACUGGGGCCUCCUGUACGAGCUCACCAGCGACGGGGACUCGCGUGGUGCAGAGUUCGAGAACUGCCAACUGCGCAGCUAUACUUUGAAGGUGCCACUGGAGGCAGGGAGCUCUUCGGACGGGGAGGGGCAGAGCAGUGCACAAGUGCCAGUGCUGCGUGAGCGCAUGCCCAACCUCUUGUCAGCCCUAUUUCGGUGACUGUUGACUGAUGCCUGAAAGGACUAUUAGUUCAAUGGCACAUGCUUGCUGGCCGGCAAGCGGGAAUGAGUUCGUUACAGGAGGCAGGGUGCCGGGGCGUCUACUGCUCCCGGUUGCUCGUGUGCUGUUGUGUGUGAGCAGUGUAUGCUGCUGUGAGGCACUUGAGUGAUGCGAGCGUGGAGGCUCGAGCGGGCUGCAUGCGGGACUUUACAAACUGAAGCACUUGGGGACCGAGGUUGUCGCUCGACACGGCCGUCUACGCCCCCACACGCGGCUUUCGGCCACAGCGUUAAGCCUGCGAACAGAUUGUUUGGGCUUUCGCCUGGGGUAGGCGACCGGCCAGGAUGGAGUCAUACACAGGUGAAACGGAAGGAGGUUCAUACAAUACGCGUGGCUCAGCGUUGCGGAGACACACAAAGAGAAGCGAACGGAGCGAAGUGACUGGAUUUCGUGGCCAUGGCUUGCGGGUAGCCAAAAAUUGCGUGGUCAGCGCUAGUGGAGCGGCCGUGCGCUAGAGUGGAUGCGACAAGUGGGCACUGGCCACGGGUGGGAGCAUCUGCAUGUCAAGACUGUCAGAGCAGCAGUGGUGAUGCGUGUACUUUGCACGUGCGGCGUGCGGCGCGGCAAUCCUCGCAACUAUCAACACUUGAACUGACACACGGCGAUCACAAACGGGCUUCCGCGCAACUGCCAACGAACAGGGGGGCAUCUGGCGUGGCGGUUGGCGCACGGCACGAGUGGGAGCGGAUAGUCGAGCAUGCGUGCGUGUGGGAAGCUGCGGAGGGGUACGGGGGGGCUCGGCGGAGGCUGGCGGUUGGCGCGGCGCGCGAGUGGGAGUGCAUAGUCGUGCGCGCGCCGUAAGGGAAGCUACGUGUGUGAGAUGCGUGUAAACUCAGAGAGACGCACGGGGCUGACCCGGUUUCCAUAAACUGCCUCUGGACGCACACAGUUUGACACGGUUGACAGUAGGGCUCCAGCGCGGGCGGGACUCGCUGGAGUGCAUGAGAGUCGCUGGUGGGCACGCGCGGGCGGGGCGCGGGCGGCGGAAACUCGGAAAAAACUGGCGGACAAGUGUUCCCCGGUCACG